CUGUGAGCUUUCACAUAAAAGAGAAAUUGUGUUAGGAAGGGUUAGGGAUAUCCCCCACCAGUUGUAGCAUCUCAUCCACAGACUUUGGAUCUUUGGGCAUGUGGCAAACAAGUGGUUGUCAUCCUCCAAUUCCUUUCUACAAAUGCAGCAAAAAGUCUCCUCCUUUUGAAGCUGGAUACCUCUUUUUAGGAUCCCUGCUUUCGUCGGAAGUCCCUUCAAACUAAGGUCUAUUCUUAGUUGCUAAUUUGUUCUUAAUUAAUAAUUUGUUC